UUGGCAAAAUGUUCCACCAAAAAACCUGGCGAUAAUAUUGGCCAAACCAGACAGAAUUGAAACUUCUCACAUUCAGCCCCCUUCCAUUUUUUUUUUUUUUUUUUUUGCAUAUCUUUAGGUUUGGGGAAAAUCAUCAAGGGGCUGGAGAUGAAAAGGAAACAUAAACUACCACCCCUACACCAUACCCCUACCCCUAUCAUGUCACUAUCUUCAGGCAUGCACAUUUUAUUGGUAUUUUUCUUUUUCUUUAUCACAAAUCCAUGUCAUUCUCAUGUCUCUGCUCAUGAUGAUGCUGCAUCUGCACGAUCUUUUCCAUCUUUUACCCCACAAGACAAUUACCUUGUUGAUUGUGGUGCCACUUCCCCUAUCACACUUCCUGGGAACAAAGUUUUUCAACCUGAUCAAAAUGCAGCCAAAUAUCUUUCUUAUAGUGGUAAGGACAUUCAAGCAUCUGCUUCGGAAAAAAUUAACGUUCCUUCAACUAUAUACCUUAAUGCAAAAAUCUUCACAACCGAAGCUACGUACACGUUUCAUGCUAGUAGUCCUGGUUUGCAUUGGAUCAGAUUACAUUUUUGGCCCUUUAAGUACAAUGAGUACGAUCUCGAAACAGCUAAAUUUUCUGUUCGAACGGAUAUGUUAGUCCUCAUCCGUGACUUCCAAAUCGGGAAAGGUGAGGCUACUGUCAAAGAGUUUGUUGUUAAUGUCACCAAGGAGCGUUAUGCUAUUAAAUUUGAACCAGCUAAAGGGUCUACGGCAUUCGUUAAUGCCAUCGAAUUUGUUACUAUCCCUGCCAAGAUGCUUGAUUAUUCUGUACCUGUACUUUUUCCCGUAUCACAAAAAUUUGAUCUUUCUAAAAGUAACUUUGAGACUAUGUAUAGGCUUAAUGUUGGGGGUCCUGCUUUGGAUUCAGCUAAUGAUACUCUUGGACGAAAUUGGGUGUCUGAUGCACAAUUUCGAAACAACUCCACAGGUGAAGAGGUAUCUACACAACCAUCUUCUAAAUAUUUGAAAUCAUCAGGAGGUUCCCCAUUGAUUGCUCCACCUGCAGUUUAUAGCUCUGCUGUAAAGAUGGGAGAUUCAGAAACUACACUUCCCAAUUUUAAUAUAUCAUGGACUAUGGACAUUGACACAGUAUUUCCCCACUUGAUUCGCCUACAUUUCUGCGAUAUUAUUAGCAAAGCGCUUCAUGAACUCUAUUUCAACGUGUACAUUAAUGAAAAGAUGGCCAUUUCUGGGCUGGAUCUGUCAUCAUUGACAAACCAUUUGUCUACAGCCUUUUACAAGGAUUUUAUAGUAGAUUCCACCAUGGUAUCAAACCCACUCGUCAUCCGUGUUUCUCCUGUGAAAGAUGCCCAAGGUUUUAGAAAUGCAAUUUUAAAUGGCCUUGAGGUGUUUCGGAUGAAUAACUCAGUGGGUAGCUUAGAUGGGGAAUAUGGUGUUGAUGGAAAAAAACAAAAUGGCCCAAGCAAAACAGUGGCUUAUGUUGGAUUUGCAAUGAUGUUUGGAGCCUUUGUGGGGUUGGGUGCAAUGGCUGUUAAAUGGCAGAAGAGACCUCAAGAUUGGCAAAAGAGGAAUAGUUUUUCAUCUUGGUUGCUUCCAGUUCACGCUGGCGAUAUGACUUUUAUGUCAUCAUCAUCGCGCAGGAGCCAAUUCUUCUCAUCAAAAAAUAUGGGCUUAGGUCAAUACUUUACUUUUGCUGAAUUGUCAGACGCCACCAGAAACUGGGAACCUAGUGAAAUAAUCGGAGUUGGUGGCUUUGGAAAUGUUUAUUAUGGAGAACUUGAUGAUGGGACGAAAGUUGCUGUCAAGAGAGGCAAUCCACAAUCUGAACAAGGCAUAAAUGAAUUCCAGACUGAAAUUCAAAUGUUAUCUAAGCUAAGGCAUCGCCAUUUAGUGUCGUUGAUUGGGUAUUGUGAUGAAAGCGCUGAAAUGAUAUUGGUUUAUGAGUUUAUGCAAAAUGGUCCAUUGAGAGAUCAUCUCUAUGGAAAGGAUAUGCCACCUUUAUCUUGGAAACAAAGAUUAGAUAUCUGCGUUGGUGCUGCCCGUGGGCUUCAUUACCUCCACACAGGUGCAUCUACUGGGAUUAUACAUAGAGAUGUCAAAACCACCAACAUUUUGCUUGAUGAAAAUCUCAUUGCCAAGAUGGCUGAUUUCGGACUAUCAAAAGAUGGCCCUACCACGGAGCAGACUCAUGUGAGCACUGCUGUCAAGGGAAGUUUUGGCUACUUGGAUCCUGAAUACUUUAGGAAGCAGCAACUGACAGACAAAUCUGAUGUCUACUCAUUUGGGGUGGUACUUCUUGAAGCCUUAUGCGCUCGUCCUGCUAUUAAUCCAGCAUUACCAAGAGAGCAAGUGAAUUUGGCAGAAUGGGCAAUGCAGUGGAAAAGAAAAGGAUUAUUGGACAAGAUCAUUGAUCCGACACUUGUAGGACAUAUUGAUCCAGAGUCGAUGAAGAAAUUUGCAGAAGCAGCAGAGAAGUGUUUGGCUGAAUAUGGUGUUGACAGACCUUCUAUGGGUGAUGUUUUGUGGAAUUUGGAGUACGCGUUGCAGCUGCAACAAGCCUCAUUAAAAGGAAAGGCCGAGGAUGAAAACAGACCAAUUGUUACACCAAUUUCUCCUGCUACAAUUGUCCAUGUUGCUGUUGUUGCUGAUAACCAACACAUUUCUUCAUUAGAGCAGCAUAGAGAUCCUACAGAGGUUCAAGCCAUUGAUGAGAAUUCGGGGACUGCUAUAUUUGCUCAAUUUGCUCCUCUCAAUGGAUGAUAAAAGGAAGGAACACUUGGCUUGUUUGAUAGACAAAUCGAGAAUCUACAACAGGUUAUAUAUGAAAUACGUGUGUAUGCUUAUGUAUGUGCUGAAAUUCAGCUUUUUUAUAGAUGCCAUUUUGCUGAAAGAAUUAAUUAAGAGCUGAAUUUUACUUCAAAACAAUGUAUUCUUUCACAUAAUUUACUACUUCACCACAUUAUUUUUCUUUUUUUAUAUUGGUAUAUCCUGCAUCCUUUAGUUUCUUUCUUUGAGAUAUAUUGAAAAGCUCAAUCAGCGGAUCUAUCAUGUAGUUCUUUAAGUAUUUGUAUCAUAUUUUUAUAAAUCAUUAUUGUUAGUACUA